CACGACUUCGUGCCCACUGCGUUCAACCACGCCAGCAGCAGCCCAGGGGAGGCCGCUGCAGCCGCCGAGCAGUCGAAUAAACGCCGUGUGAUGAGCCGUGAAGGUGCUGCCAGUGCUGCACUGCAGUGUGGCAAAAAGGACCUUGGAAAUGAAGUUGCCAGGACACAGCAGCUUGCAGUCCCUCUGUUUAGUGAAGGUGAUGGAGCCACACUUGUGGGGAACACCAGCUGCCCUUUGAAAGCCACCAAGGACAUCCUGUUCAAAUGCUGUUUCUGCACCUAUGAUACCACAGAUCAGUGUGGAAUCAUUACCCACCUGGUUUCUCAUGGUAGCGAACAAUUCAAGUGCCAACACUGUCACAUGUUGUUUGACUCUAGAUCAAAAUUGCAGUGCCACUUUCAAUUGCAUAUUCAGAGUAGCAGCCCGACUAUCCAAAAUCAAAUGCUCACAGGUGAGAAACCUUACAAGUGUGAGCAGUGCCCCAAAGCAUUUGCUCGGCUUGCACACCUUUCCGACCACGUUCGAAUACACACGGGCGACAAACCUUAUAAGUGCAAGCAAUGUGCCAAAGCUUUUGCUUGGAGUAGCAGUCUGACCAUUCACAAUCGAACACACACUGGUGAAAAACCUUACCAGUGUGAGCUGUGUCCCAAAGCAUUUGCUGGAAAAAUUAGUUUGAAUGACCACAUUCAGACACACACGGGCAAAAAGCUUUAUAAAUGCCAGAAAUGCCCCAAAGCCUUUGCUCGGCUUGCACACCUUACUGACCACAUUCGAACACAUACAGGCAAUAAACCUUAUAAGUGCAAGCAAUGCCCCAAAGCCUUUGCUUGGAAGAACAGUCUGACUAUUCACAAUCGAACCCACACUGGUGAAAAACCUUACAAGUGUGAUCUGUGUACCAAAUCAUUUGCUGGAAAAGCAACUCUGAGUGAUCACAUUCAAACACACACAGGCGAAAAACCUUAUAAAUGUAAGCAGUGUCCCAAAGCCUUUGCUCGGCUUGCACACCUUACUGAUCACAGUCGAAGGCACACAAACAAGAAACCUUAUAAGUGCAAGCAAUGCCCUAAAGUCUUCGCUUGGAAUAGCAGUCUGAUCAUCCACAAUCGGAUGCACAUGGGUGAAUAUCCUUACAAGUGUAAGAUGUGCCCUAAAGAAUUUUCUCGACUUGCACAGCUUACUGGGCAUGUCCGAACACACACAGGUGAAAAACCUUAUAAGUGCAAGCAAUGUUCGAAGUCGUUUGCUCAUAAUAGCAGUCUCAUCGUUCACACUUUAAUGCACUCGAAUGAAAAACAUUAUUGGUGUAAGAUUUGCCCCAAAGAAUUUGCCCGGAUGUACCACUUUAUUGAGCACAAUCGAAUACACACAGGUGAAAAGCCUUAUAAGUGCAAGCACUGUUUGAAGGCAUUUGCUUAUAAUAGCAGUCUGACCAUCCACAAUCGAAUGCAUGCAGGUGAGAAACCUUUCAAAUGCAAGCAAUGCCCCAAAGCCUUUACUCGGAACAGCAGUCUAACCAGCCACAAUCGAACACACACGGGUGAAAAACCUCACAGGUGUAAGCUGUGCUCCAAAACAUUUGCUCGGCUUUCGCACCUUACUGAGCACGUGCGAACUCACACAGGUGAAAAACCUUUUAAGUGCGAGAUAUGUCACAAAGCCUUUGCUCAGAGUAGCACUCUGACAAGCCACAGUCGAACGCACACGGGUGAAAAAGCUUACAAGUGCAAACGCUGUCCCAAAGCAUUUACUCAGAAAAUGAGUUUGAUCCUCCACAGUCGAAUGCACAUAGAUGAGGUACUUUCCAGGUGUAAUGCGGGCUCUCCCCCUAUAUAG